AUGUGCGACGAGAUCAGGGACAAUCUUUCAAAAGGAAAACUUCAAACAAGAUCAGUUAGAGAUCACCAGUGUAUCAAAAUGCAAGCAUCUAAAGGAAUUAAAUUGGAACUCUUUUUGACAUUUUUCCUUCUGCUGGUGUGCUGUUUUGCGAGCAAUCCAGCUGAUGAAAAUUCUCAAGAUGCCAAAUCACCCGAGCCAAGUACACUAACAUUUUGGGAACGUAUUGUGAGCGGUGUUAAGAAUUAUCCCUGGAAAACUGAUAAAAUAGAGAAGGAGAGUCCCGAAACUUCCCAAAGAAGAGCAGUUUUCUGGCAAAGACUAACGAUGGCGACAGUUUUAUAAGAAAUACUUCAUUGUAAAUAACG